UACAAAAAAAUAUGGGAAUUAGCAGUAAUUACUGGGUAUUACUUUUGGGUAUAGCCUUACAAUCAGUUCACAGCCAAGAAGGGUUAAGCAAUGGGUAUUACUCUUCUUCUUGCCCAGAAGCUGAGUCCAUUGUAAGGUCUACUGUUGAGUACCACUUCAAGAACGACCCCUCCAUUGCUCCUGCCUUGCUCAGGCUCCAUUUCCAUGACUGUUUCGUCCAGGGAUGCGAUGGUUCGGUGCUGAUCACAGGAUCAUCGUCUGAGAGAAGUGCGUUUCCGAAUCUUGGGUUGAGAGGAUUUCAAGUAAUUGAAGAUGCAAAAUCACAGCUCGAGUUGUCCUGUCCUGGUGUAGUUUCCUGUGCUGAUAUUGUUGCUCUUGCAGCUCGUGAUGCUGUUGAUUUGAGUGAUGGUCCGAGUUGGAAAGUGCCAACAGGGAGAAGAGAUGGGAGGAUUUCUUCAUCAUCCCAAGUGACCUCAAGCUUACCUUCCCCUCUUGAUUCUGUUUAUGUUCAGAGGCAAAAGUUUGCAGCUAAAGGCCUUGAUGAUCAUGAUCUUGUAACCCUAGUUGGGGCGCACACCAUAGGCAAAACAGACUGCAGAUUUUUCAAAUACCGUCUCUACAACUUCACGAGGACCGGAAAUUCAGACCCAACCAUUAACCAACCCUUUCUGGCUCAACUCAAAUCGGUAUGCCCCCAAAACGGAGAUGGACUUAACGAGGUUCCAUUGGACAAAGACACUCCCGACAAGUUUGAUGUGAGCUUCUUCAAGAACCUCCGAGACGGUACCGGCGUUUUGGAGUCGGAUCAGAGGCUUUGGGACGACGCUGCUACUCGAGAGGUUGUGCGAAAGUAUGCUGGCACUUUCAGGGGUUUGCUGGGUUUGAGAUUUGAUCAUGAGUUUUCACAGGCGAUGAUUAAAAUGAGCAGCAUUGAAGUGAAGACUGGAUAUGAAGGGGAAAUUAGAGAAGUCUGCUACAAGUUUAAUUGAUGAAGUUUUGGUCGGAAAGUUUGUGUUGAUUCAGUGGGUGAAAU